CAUUCUGUGCCGGAGAAGUUGUCCUCCUGUAGAUCUUCCCUUUCCAGAGAGUGGGGAGGGAGAGAAAAGUCAUCUCUUUUAGCAAACAGGUUUGUCCUUUUAGGCUCCUUGUGAAUAAUUUACUUUUUUAAAAAAUUUCCUCUUCUUACCUGCUAAUAGAAAAAAAGCAGCUUGCAGAGACUGAACAAAGCACCUGCCCUGCAUCUGAAGCACCAGCCUUAUGCCACGAAUCCUCGGGCCUGUCCUUCCACACACAGCCCCAGGCACAGCCAGAAUGGUAUGAUGCUAAGUUGCUUUUAACACCCCAGGGAACGAAGCUCUCUCGUAGAGGUGGCAGUCACAGACGUCAAUGUCACCAGCCCUGGCCCCAGCACCACCCCAUCCCUCAGGAUGUCCCAGAUCUCCUCCACCGUGAAGUAUAAGGCCUCUCCCAGUUAUGGCACCUAUUCUUCCUACUCCUCCAACCUCUCCUCCUCGUAUCUUGACAAGGAGAAAGUCGGCUACAAGUCCACCACACCUUCCAGCUACCUGACUUCCACACACCUGAGGACAUCUGGGGGCACAUCAUCUUCCUCAUCUUUGAACUAUGACGGGGGCAAACGGUUCCCCCAACGGCCCGAUUCAGGCACAAGGCUAGGCACCAGUUAUAGCCGAGUCCCAGUCAGACCCCCUGGAAGUGGAGGGCUCAGUGGCGGUGCCACCAGCUACUCCUUUGGUACCGGCUAUGGCACCACUUUGGGCCGGAAGAAAUCCAGCAGCCAGUCGGACUUGGCUCGCGACUUGUCUGGGAUGCACCUCUCCUCCGACCCAUAUCGAACCGAGUCCUCCUCAUCCACCACCCGUGGCAGUCCUUUCCUUGCUCGAAACCGCCAGGAGCUAUGUGGUCUUCAGGGGAUUUACCAAUCCACCAGGCAACCAGAUUACAUCAAGGAUUAUUUGGAGAAUUAUAGCUGGAAAGGGGGCCGUUCCCCAGUCUCCAGCCUCUAUGGCACUCCCCCAGAGGUCAUCACUCCCACUUUGAGACCCACAAGCCGCUGCUCCCUUCAGCAAUGGGAUCGGACUGACAGUCGGACAGACAUCCUGGCCAAGGAGUCUACGAGUUCCAAAACGGUUCAGGGUCUGACUGGUCUCCGUAAUCUCGGCAACACUUGUUUUAUGAACUCGAUCCUGCAGUGUCUGAGUAACACCAAAGAACUUCGGGAUUACUGUCUGCAGAACCAGUAUGUCCGGGACCUCAACAACAACAGCCGAAUGCAGAUGGCACUCAUGGCAGAGUUCGCCAAGCUCAUCCAGGCCUUGUGGACAUCUUCUCCAAACGAAUCUGUGAGUCCUUCCGAAUUCAAGACACAGAUUCAAAGAUAUGCCCCCCGCUUUGUUGGUUACAACCAGCAGGAUGCCCAGGAGUUCCUACGGUUCCUUCUGGACGGGCUCCACAGUGAGGUGAACCGGGUCUUGGUGCGUCCCAAAGGCAGCAGCGACAACCUGGACCAUCUCCCUGAUGAAGAAAAGGGCAGGCAGAUGUGGAUGAAAUACCUGGCUAGAGAAGACAGCCGGAUCGGGGAUCUUUUUGUUGGACAGCUGAAGAGUUCUCUGACCUGCAGCGCCUGCAGCUACUGUUCAACAGCCUUCGAUCCCUUCUGGGACCUGUCACUACCCAUUGCAAAGAAGAGCUAUGGAGAGGUCAAUUUGAUCGACUGUAUGCGCCUCUUCACCAAGGAAGACAUCCUGGAUGGAGAUGAGAAACCUACCUGCUGCCACUGCAAGGCCAGGACGAAAUGUAUGAAGAAGUUUAGCAUCCAGAGGUUUCCAAAGAUCCUGGUGCUACACCUGAAACGCUUCUCUGAAGCCAGGAUGCGAUCCAGCAAGCUGACCACCUUUGUAAAUUUCCCACUCAAGGAUCUGGACUUGAGAGAAUUUGCUUCUCAAAGCUGCAACCAUGCUGUUUACAAUCUAUAUGCUGUCUCAAAUCACAGUGGAACCACCAUGGGAGGUCACUACACAGCUUACUGCAAGAGCCCUGUAUCUGGAGAAUGGCAUGCCUUCAACGACUCACGUGUCACGCCGCUCUCCUCGAGUCACGUCCGAAGCAGUGACGCCUACCUGCUUUUCUAUGAGCUGGCCAGCCCAUCUUCGCGAAUGUAACUCCCACUUGCCCUCUCCACCGAACCCCAACGCUACCCCAGGGCUCGAGAAGGGAAGAAAGCCAAGCGCCAGCUCACAGACGCGCAUGGUGGACAGUGGUGACUCAAGGGAUUUUUCUAAGCCUUUUUUUUUUUCAUAAGAAAAAAAU